AGGACGAGGUGCGCCCGGCGAGGGGGUUUGAGCAUGCGCACAGCACUCUCCCAUUAUAAACAAAGUCACAUGACUAGCCCACAGGGUGUCUGAACUGGAUUGAACGAGUUGGAACAGCCUUGAACAACAACAACCAAGAUACGAACCAUUCCUAUUCAGCAGCACCCUUUACAAUGUGGAAAGGCCACCGUAGUUUCCACCAUGGCAGUGCGCUGAGCUGUGCGACCAGCGCUAGUAUGACUCCGCGGCCCCACAAGAAGUUUCGGCCACCAGACUCGGAUGCCGGCACCGAUCUGCUCAACAUUUGCCGCAUCUGCCAGCUGCCGGGGGACGACGAUGACAUUCUCUUCUCCCCGUGUCGCUGCUCGGGCAGCCUCAAAUACAUACACUACGCCUGCCUUCUGAAAUGGAUUGAAAUCUCAACACGAAAAACCAAGAGGCCACCUUGCUGUGAGCUUUGCCACUUCACGUACAUCCGCCACAAACGCUUCAAGUUCCACAACUGGCGGUUGCCGCGAGUGUCUCGCCGUGACAAAUGCCUGCACACCAUCUUCCUGCUGACUCUGGUUGUCAUGGUGACGUGUGCCGUGGCCACCGUGCUCUGCUUCCUGUCGGACAACGGCCAGGUGUCGCAGACCAAGACCCAGCUGAGCGUGGAGGAGGUGGUUACCCUCACCUGCGGCGUCCUCUUCUUCGUCUCGUUUUUCCUGGCGAUGACGGUGGAGAUAAAAGCUCGGCACACGGUCUACCGGCUCUUCCUCAAGUUCAUCAUGCACAACACGGAGUGGCAGAUCGAGCCCUACGAUCAUCACAAGGACCCCGGCUGUCCCAAGCCCUACCUCUACGUCUGAUCAACAAAACCAUCCCCGAAGCGAAGAAGGGAGGGGAAAGUUUUUAGCUAAUAGCCGCUCUAAGAACAAAUCUUUUCUUUCAGGUGGGCUGAAUUUAUAAUAAGGAAAAGAAUUUCAUGAUCCGGCCCUGAGGUGGCAGGUAGUUUACUUGCCUGUGUAUGUCAGAGGAGUAACUGAACCUGUUGUAAAUGAGCCGGUCGAAUUGGAUCCAAAAUUUCUGUUCUGACAUUCUGCUGGGAUUUUGUCUUAACAGCUGUUUGAAGAAAUGAACGACAUCAGGCACCACAGAGAACAAACAAAAAUUUCCCGUAAUAUCAGGCAAGAAGACAUUUAUGAGGACAAACUGAGAAAUUCUCAGACUGUCCGGUACGCUGAUACUUUUUGAGGAGCCCCAUUUUUCCAGAAUUUCCUGGAAGUUUGGAAAUUUCAUUUUUUUCCCCAGGCUUUUGCUUUCAUUUUAAUGGAAGCUCAUGUCUUGCCUUUUUUUUCUCUUUCUUUUUCGACAUGAUGUCAGCACUUCUUUCUGGAUGCCAGUCCACAUAGUUUGGGAAAGCUACUAGCCUUGCGGUUGUGGCGGCGUGAGCCCUCUUGUUGUUGAGUGGACCCGGAGAUACGCCUAGAGCUGUUCAUGAUGGGUUCUGAGCACUGGAACAGCGCGGCGCUACUUUUCUCAUGUGCACUUCUCGUGUCUCUGCUCGCAGUGGCGUUUUCUUUCUAAGCUGUUGGAGUAUUUCCAAUGAAUCACCUGCACUGGCAAAGGGAAAUGAAUCGCAUGUUGUGAAUUGGUGAUGCUGCCCAAAAUCAUCGCUAAUGUUUGUGGAGGUAUCAUGGCUUCGGUUUUAUCAAAGCCCUUGUAUGUGUGUGUGCGCGUGCGUGCGUACAAAGUUGAACCGCAGAAUAUUAAUGCUCCCUAGCAUCGGUCCUGGCUCACAGCAAGUGUGGCCCUGUGCUAGAUUUAAGAUAUUUUUUCCAAACCUUGUUCCAAUGUCUGUCGGGUGUGUGUGUGUGCAUGUGUGCAGGUGUGUGGAACGUACUGACAUUCAGUAUGUUUUAACUUGCUUAAUUAAUGCGUGAGAUUGUAAGUACAAGAACAAGGAGGUCAAAGUCAUGAGGCAAACUGGUUGCUCUUUCCUUGCCCUGCUAGCGUUGUGUGAUAUUGCUGAAAUACGCCAAAAGAAAACUGAUCCCUUCUCAUUUUAACGAUAUUGAGAUAGUAUGUAUACAAUACAUUAUUUGUAUAUAUUUCAUCCGCCUUAUUCGCCCCCCAUCUUUUUCUUUUUUCUGAAAUCAUCAUUGGUAUGUUAAUGCAAAAUGCAGCCGCUAGCAAGGCAAGAGCAGCCCGUCUCUCUCUACCUGUAAUCUCACCAGUCAAAA